ACUAAUUAGGCACUAAUAGGCAGUGGAUACACUCUCUGAUAUGUCAGGGAAGCAGUAGAGCAUUAUGUCAUCAAGCAAUUCUUCAAGAGCCUACUAUUUUUUAUUCUGGCAGGGCAUUUGUAUGUGCAGUGUUUCUGUUACAGAUAUGAGCCAAAGUGCUGAGCUGCAGAGACUGUGUGAAAAGCUCCAACAUGCCUGCUACAAAAGGUGAGAUCAUUAUGCACAGCUUUAUUACAAAGUAGCAUCAAUACAGUAGAUUGGGCAGAACUAUCAAAAAGGUAUACCACACGAAACUUUUACUAUUAAAUGGCUCAGUUUAUAGUUCAGAUCAAAGAAUGACUCAAAACAAUUUAUUCUGUGUUUUCCUGGUAUAAUGCUCAUAAAUAACAUUUUCCAUUGAGUUUGUAAACAGUUCCAGGAAUUUAAUUCAUCAUGGACUUAUAAUUUAUGACUGAUAGACUUCACCAUAAAACCUGGCUCAUUCAUCAUUUUAAUACGGUUGGGGUUAGAUUUUUUGAGCUCAUUUUGAACAACUGAGUUUUAACAAGCCAUCAUGUCUGGUUGGGAGCAUGGAAUAUGUGGUUGCUUUGAUGACUGCACAAUAUGCUUGCUGUCAUUUCUUUGUCCUUGCAUUCAAGUUUAUCGCAAUGCUAAUGCAAUCCCAAAUGGAGAGCAUGGCUGCUGUUUUCUCUGCGGAAUGUGCACAUUUCUUAGCCUUUGCUAUGAUCGUGCUGCACUGCGUGGCGAUAUUCGUGAUCAUAAGGGAAUUGAUGGAACUCAUUGUGAAGACUGGCUUUAUUCAUACUGCUGUUUUUGUCUUAGUUUAGCUCAAGAGUCUCAAGAAAUGAAGAGUGAGUAUAUGCUCCGUGAAUAGACUCUACUGUAAAAUAAUCAUGGACUUUUUCUCUAAAAUAAUAUAAAAUCAUUAUCUUGUGAUACAGCUUUUGGUUUAUUUAAAAAAAAUUUUUGUACCUUAUACAAA